AUGGUACAAUAUUACCACCUGGCACUGACAGCUGUAUUCAUUGAUACCGAUAGUGAUGAAGAAAAUAAUCAGAAAGAAGAUCCAAUCAUUGAUAUAGAAAGUGAUGAAGAAAAUAAUAGAGAAGAAGAUCCAGUCAAUGUGAAUCGAAUGGAGAAUUUCGAUGACAUUUUCGUGGGAAAAGUUGUACUAAAUGAAAAGGAAGCUUAUGAUCUCUACAACAACUAUGCUACGACAUUUGGAUUCAGUGUUCGUAAGGGACAAAAGAGAUAUAAUAGAAAGAAUCAACUAAGACAAGUUUGUUAUCUUUGUUCAAAAGAAGGUUUUAAGGUAGAUGGUGACCCGUCAGAAGCAAGCAAUUCUUAUAAACUAGAGACAAGAAUAGGAUGCAAAGCUGGAAUUCGAUUUGCAGUACAAACGAAUGGUACGUUGAAAGUUGCUCAAUUUUUUUCUCAACACAAUCACGAGCUUGCUAAACCAGAAGAGAGGCAGUUUUUGAGAUCAAAUAGAAAAGUUUCUGAAGCUCAGUUGGGUGUGAUUAAAACCAUGGCAGUUGCAGGAAUAAGAACUACAAAUACAUAUUCUUAUUUAGCAGAAGAAGCUGGUGGGUCUCAGAAUGUAGGUUUUACACAAAGAGAUUGCUACAAUGUUGUGAAUAAGGAAAAAAUGGUCAUGUUUGAAGCAGGGGAUGCUCAAAGUUUGAUCAACCUUUUCAAGCACAAGCAAGCAGAAGAUCAUAUGUUCUUUUACACUGUGCAAGUGGAUCAAGAAAAUCGAAUGACAAACUUUUUUUGGAGAGAUGGAAGGUCGCGACUUGACUAUGAGUGCUUUGGGGAUGUUGUAGUAUUUGAUACUACAUAUCGUACCAAUAGGUAUAACAUGAUUUGUGCUCCUUUUGUCGGCGUUAAUCACCAUUGGAAAAAUGUAUUGUUUGGUUGUGCAUUUUUACUGGAUAAGAAAACAGAAACGUUUACUUGGUUAUUUGAUACUUUUUUGGAAUCAAUGGGAGGUCAAAAGCCAAAGACAAUUUUUACUGAUCAGUGUCAAGCUAUGGCAAAUGGCAUUGAAAAAGUUUUUUCUUGGUCGACUUGGGAUGAGCUAGUUACAGAAGUCAACCUUACAGAGUGCUCACGGAUGUGCUCACGGAUGAAUAUGUUGUAUGCGCUUCGUGCCAAAUGGUGUCCGGCAUUUAGCCAUGAUACUUUCACAUGUCGGAUACAAUCUUCACAAAGAAGUGAGAGCACGAAUAAUGUUUUACACCAAAUUUCUACCAAGACAAUGAGACUUAUUGAAUUUGUGCAUCAUUAUGAUAAACAAGCAGCAAAAAUGUGUACAAGUGAAUCAGAAGAGUCUUAUCAUUGCAAUCAGGGUCUCCCUUCUAAAGUUGCCCAAAUGAGUGGAAAUUUGAAGCAUGCUGCUACUGUCUACACUAGGAAAAUGUUUAAAAUAUUUGAAAGAGUUUUUGAAUAG